AUGUCUCUCAUUUUCAACGCCUUAAAGUGGGUGAAAGUAGAAGAUAUCAAGGUAGUUAUUCUCGGUCAGGAUCCAACUCCUCAAGAAGGAAAAGCCAAAGGCGUGGCAUUCCUAGUUGACAAUCCUCGAACUGUUCCAGCAGUUUUGAACAUGCUGCUAGAAGUUGCCUUUGAGGGUUUUUCUGUGGAUUUAGAUCAUGCUAACGUAGAGGAAUGGUUAAAGAAAGGUGUUCUUUUGUUAAACACAGCAUUCACAGUUCCACACAAAAAUAAGGGAAAAAAUAAGGGAAAAAAUCAGGGGAAGGCGAAAGAAAAAGAUCAUCUUGCUAUGUGGCGACCUUUUACCAACGCGCUUAUCUCUUAUAUUAAGGACAAUGCACCACCAUCUGCCUGGCUUCUCUGGGGAGAGAAGGCGAAAGAGUUUGGCAAGGUCAUAAAUUCUAAUAAGCACCUUAUCGUCACGGGAAGACACCCCUCACCUAUGGGGAGUACAACUGGGGAAGGGAACACGUUUUUUGGUGGCAACUACUUUAACAUCGCUAAUCAGUUUUUGGAAAUUAAACGUCGCGGUGCCAUAGACUGGUCGCUAUCUAUUACCGGGCGAAAUGGUUUAGAUUUGCAACUCGUACUUCACACACGAACAGAACUAGAGCAACGAGAAAACAAAGAGCAAAAACUAAGAAACCAAUACCAACAAAACCAACACAACAAAAACUUGAUUGAGCAAGAAAUAACAAAAAUAAAGCAACAGCAACAAAAGAGACUGCGUCGUCGUCAAAGAAUAGUAAACGCCCUCAGUCCAAAUGCAUUGCUACUGAACUUGCGAGAAAGGAAUAAUUUUAUGAAGGAGAAACAGACGCUCGAAAACCAAUACAAUUUUCAAGAGAGGAGGAUUCAGAAAUUUCAUGAGGAAUUACAGCUUCUAGAAUCCCAAGAGCGUCAAAUUGAAGAAAGCUUGAUACAAAAUCGGAGAAAUCAACACCAUCUUAGAGGUUUACCACGACAUCUUCUAAAACACAACCAUCAAAAACAAAUAAAUGCGAUAGACGAAGAACUAAAACAAAUAAGAUGA